UAAUCGGGGUCCUCAGAGGUCCUUUGAAUGCAUGUGGCGCGAUAUGGGAAACGGUGGAAAAUAGUUUGACAGCAGGAGAGCCGAAGAGAUUGUUAUUGCCUUUUGGCUCUCCAUUGAUCUAAACAACAUGCUUUCUGCAGAGCAAAGUUGUUGGUUCGUCCGCAAGGUGAUAUUCUGGAGAGCUGUGGCCAGUAUUGCUUGGGCUGUCCUGUUGUUGCCACCCAUCACAGCCGUUUUUGUAAUCAUCAGCAGGUUCAGUCUGCUCCACCCCAUCCAGGCGGUAUCAGAAUGCCUGUCCUUCUUAACGAGUGCAAGUGCCAUCUUCUCCUUCAUUCUGCUGUGUGGAGUGAUCAUCAUGGUAGGGUUCCUGAACCUGGAGUAUUAUACAGUCAUCCCAACCAUUGCAUGCUCAAAAAUUGCCCUGUUGGGUCAGCUGCUCCACCCUCGUCAGUUUGUCAACUCCCUGGGCCACUGUAUCAUGGGAAUAAUCGUGGCUUGGUGUUGUGCCAUCACCGUCGGGGGCAGAUAUGAGACAAUCGCUGACCCUUGCGCACAGGGUGAUGGUUCCCCCCAGAUGUGCCUGAAUGAGUAUCACCUCAUCCUUCUGCUGGCUGGAGCCUUUGUUGGAUUCUCUCACAGUCUGCUGGGUGUGAUCUACAACAUGAACUAUGUUUCUUUUCACACUGUUCAGCAAUACAAAUACCUUCGCUUUAAGGGAUCCCUAUCUUUGGUGCUGAAGUGUAGCGCCACUCAAGCACUUUACUCUGUCAGGAACUACAUUGUUGUGUAUUUCUUUUUGGGAUACAUUCCAAAAGCAUGGAUUUGUAAGACACUGAAUCUUCAUUUGAACAGCUCUGUCCACCCUCUUGACAGCAUAGCUGGACUGCUGGACCUGUCCCUGCUCUACCACCUGUGGAUCAGCGCCAGCUUCCUCCUCUUCACAUGGCACCUCACGCUGCUGCUCUUUAGGGUCUUUGUCACUGAGGUGUACAGCUUUCCUGUGCAGUCAUCGUUUACUGAGGAUGCCCACCAGUGUCUUCCUACAGUUCUGACUGACAAGCAGCCAAUGAUAUUAAAGUUUCUAGCUCUGCUGGACUUGGCUCUGCUGUCUCAACACUCCCCAUCAAGACGCAGUGAGGUCUUCAGUCUGAGUCAGCCAGGUGGCCAUCCCCAUAACUGGAACGCCAUCAGUAAGGAGUGUCUGUCUCUGCUGGCUGAUCUGACUCAGAGACUCAUAGCCUAUCAUGACACUGUAGCAACCAAUGGCAGGGCUAAAUCACUGUCCACUGGGAGUGAGAGGAAGACUUCAUCUGAGUCAUCAGUUACCUCGGGUACAGAAGAUCUUAUGAGCCCGAGGCCUACUUUACUGAUGAAAACUCCAGCUUCGGUCUUUGCACGCUCCAUUGUUGGCUGCCCACAGAGCCCUCUGACGGCACCAUUCACUCCUGACCUGGACAGCCCCUUUGCUUCCCCUGCCCUGCGUCGUCUUACUGCUCCUAUGGACCAGUGCUCGCCGUGGUUCGGCACAGUGCAGAGCCCACACAUCAUGAGGAGAGUCCCAAAACUCUGGUCCACCUCCACAGAUUCACAGGUCAAUGGCAGUCCCCUGGCUUCCCCUGCCUCAGUUCCCAGUCCCAAGCAGGAACCGUCCAAACCAAGUCUCCUGGCUCAGUUCCUCCAGAACAGAAAAGAACAGCUUCCAGAGGCCUCCAGUCAAGCUCUGUUUGCAGACAGCCAGGCUCACAUCUGGGCUUUAGAAGGGCUGUCUUACCUUGUUCAAUCCUCCUUCUCAGAAGACCAGUUUGGGGUUGUACAGACAGCAUUACCCAGCAUUCUCAGUUGCAUGCUGGGCUUACAAGAGGCAGUAGAUCGUCACUUCAAGCUGCCUCAUGCCUCCAGUAAGCCGGUCAGGUCGGCCAGCAGCAUGGGAGACUCUACUCACAAAACACUGCGCUUUGCUCUCAGGGCCACUCUCAAGACUUCCAUCUACAGGAUAACAACUACUUUUGGAAAUCACUUAAAUGCUGUUAAGAUGUCUGCAGAGCACCGGAAAAGAUUGCAGCAGUUUCUGGAGUACAAGGAAUAACGUGUGCGUGUGCAUGUGUGUGCGUGUGUACAAGUGAAAGCCCAUGAUAGUGCCUCUUUUAAUAUUUAUGUCUGCACUAUGUCAUGGCGGAUUGUAUUUGAUAGGCUAGAUCACAUCCCCUACAUGCAUGAGGCAUGGGCUUCCUGCCCAACUGACAGACUGAAACAGGUUGGAAGCCAGACUGUUGCCUUCUGUGUUUGAGAGAUGUAAAGUAGCUCACUGUAUAAAUAAGCAACUCAUUCCAAAAGAUAUUUGUUUCAUUUUGUAUUACAAGAAAAUCAUAUCAAGUAAUCCCUUUUGACUUUUGUUUAUUGGGAUGACUUGUAAAGGGCUAUUUGCGCUGCAUUUGUGCUAAAUUAUGCAGAUCCUUUUGGUUUCACACUUCAUCAGAUGUCUUAUGGAAUUACUAUAUCAAAACGUUUUGCAUUUGGUGUGAGAUAGUAUGAUAUGUCAGAGUGAUAAGAAGUGAGAAGCUGUGUUGUUCUCUUGAGUUUCUCAGGUGCCUGAAAUGUGUUCUGGAAAUACACAUUUUUAGAUCUGGUUUUGUUCUAAACACCAGCCUGGAGAACCAGUUUACUGUUGGCUGUGCAGUUCAGGUUCUCGAACUAGAAAAUACACCAUAGUCAGAUUUACAGAUCAGACACCUCUGUUUGUACGUGUUAACUAUUUGUCAGUUUUGUUCAUGUGAAAGAAGGCUGUCUUUCAUGUCAGAUCAAGGAUGGAGAUGUGGUGUGACUGGUAACAAGUGUGGGGAAUAUGUUUUGAUUGUCGUUGCCAACAAGUAUUGAGUUUAUAUUCCCACUCAGACUUGUUGAAUAAAAACAUUAUGUUGA